AGGAGCGAAUAUCGGAUGAGGCUGUAAGACAGCAUGUGCUAUGAUAACAACGGAAAUGCCGAUGCUAAGACAUGGCAGCACCUGGUGAAGGAGCUUGCUAUAUAAACGGCGCCUACGUCCUUUGCAGAGUCCAUCAGUUCUGCAGCCAAAUCUGACUUCACCAUUACACUCUUGAGCAUUUGAGCCUGUUCUAUCACCUUACCGUGCCUUCGUCUCAGCCCUUCAAUUCAACUUCCAGUCUUUCCGGCUUUCCAUCGUUGCAAUGAAACUUGUAUCAGCCCUUACAUGCGCUCUCCUGGCAACAGUUGCCCAAGCCAACUACCGAUGCAGAUGCACACCAGCUGGACGAGUCAACAAUAUUUCUGAUGAUUGCUGCCGCAGCCGGAUCACGCUGUCUGACGGCACACGGGUUGUGGGCAAUGUUGAGUCAGGAGGCUUCUGCGCCUACUAUACAUCUGGGUGGUCGACUCCAGAGUUUUCCAACUCGUAUGCCAAUUGCUGUAGAGCUAGUAGCGGUAACCCUGCGACGAGUGAUGGCGCGCAGUGCAAUACGUUCUAGGUGAGGGGUACGGAGUUGAAAUGUGGGAGGGUUGGGUUGAGAGAAAGAGAGAAGUAAGGAGGGGGAGGUGGGGUCGAUUGGGGAGUAGAU